UGGUCGUUGUCUCUGAGAGCUAAAAUGGCACAGAAGGGAAUUCGGCUGGAGCGGGAAAACAUCUCUUGUUCCAUCUGUCUGGAUCUACUGAAGAAUCCUGUGACUGUUUCCUGUGGACACAGCUACUGCAUGGAGUGUCUUCAAACCCACUGGGAUACAGAGGUUAAGAAGAAACUCUACAGCUGCCCUCAGUGCAGGCAGACCUUCACACCGAGGCCUGUCCUGCUAAGAAACACCAUGUUAGCAGUUUUAGUGGAGGAGCUGAAGAAGAGCGGACUCCAAGAUGCUCCUGCUGAUCACUGCUAUGCUGGAGCUGAAGAUGUGGCCUGUGAUUUCUGCAGCGGGAGGAAACUGAAAGCCCAGAAGUCCUGUCUGCAAUGUCUGGCCUCUUACUGUCAAAAUCACCUUCAGCCUCAUUUCUUAUCACCUGCAUUUAAAAAUCACAAGCUGGUGGAGCCGUCCAAGAAGCUCCAAGAGGAUGUCUGCUCUCGUCAUGAUGAGGUGAUGAAGAUGUUCUGUCGCACUGAUCAGCAGUCUAUCUGUUAUCUUUGCUCUGUGGACAAACAUAAAGGCCAUGACACGGUCUCAGCUGCAGCAGAGAGGGCCAAGAGGCAGAGAGAGCUGGAGGUGAGCCGACAAAACAUCCAACAGAGAAUCCAGGACAGAGAGAAAGAUGUGAAGCUGCUUCGACAGGAAGCAGAGAACAUUAAUUGCUCCGCUGAUAAAGCAGUGGAGGACAGCCAGAAGAUCUUCACCCAGCUGAUCCGUCUCAUGAAAAAACAACACUCCACUGUGACCCAGCAGGUCCGAUCCCAGCAGAAAAGUGAAGUGAGUCGAGUCAAAGAGCUGGAGGAGAAGCUGAGGCAGGAGAUCGCUGAGCUGAAGAGGAAAGAUGGCGAGCUGCAGACGCUGUCACAAACACAGGAUCACAACCAGUUUCUACACGACUACCCCUCACUGUCAGCACUCAGACAACCUACACACUCAUACAGCAUCCAUAUCCGUCCUCUGAGGUACUUUGAAGAUGUGACAGUGGCUGUGUCAGCAGUCAGAGAUACACUACAGGACGUCCUGACAGAGACAUGGACAAACAUCUCACUCACAGUGACUGAAGUGGAUGUUUUACUGCCACAACCAGAGCCCAAGACCAGAGAGGAGUUCAUCAGAUAUUCAUGUGACAUCACACUGGAUCCAAACACAGCACACAGAUAUCUGUUACUAUCUGAUGGGAACAGAAAAGUUAGAUGGACGAUUAAACAACAGUCUUAUCCUAGUCACCCAGACAGAUUCACUAAUAGUUUACAGGUUCUGAGUCGAGAGAGUCUGACUGGACGUUGUUACUGGGAGGUGGAUUGGAGAGAAGUUGUUUCUAUAGCAGUCGCAUACAAGAAUAUCAGCAGAACAGGGAGUGAAUGUGGAUUUGGACGUAAUGACAAAUCUUGGGUGUUAUUUUGUGGUGACAAUGUUUAUUACUUUUGGUACAACAAUAUUCAGACUCCUGUCUCUGGUCCUCGGUCCUCCAGAGUGGGAGUGUACCUGGAUCACAGAGCAGGUGUUCUGUCCUUCUACAGCAUCUCUGAAACCAUGACCCUCCUCCACAGAGUCCACACCACAUUCACUCAGCCUCUACAUGCUGGACUUUAUGUUUAUGACACUGCUGAGAUUUGUAAGCUGAAGUAGACAGAAGUCAUUUAAAGGAAAAGUGGUUUAACUUCUGUGUUUGAAUCCUUCAGCUUGAUUUUUCUUCAUGCUUGUUGCUGAGAGCUGAUUGGACCUCAUUGACCAACCGUUCUUACUCAGAAACUUGUUCUUUCUAACCCACUUCAGGCUCUUCUGUGCUACAGAAGAAAGAAAAAAUCUUAUCCAUAGAUCCAUAUAGGUUUGUACUUUCUAAUAUUUCACAGUUAAACACUCAUGAUUGGCUGAUUGAUGUGACCUUCAUUUCAAUCAUAUCUUACUCAAGACCAGAUGACUUUAUCACCAAACACAAUCUACUGAAUGUCCAACCAAACAGAUUUAGAAAUAACACGACAUCUUCAAUGGCUCUCAUGGAAUUUUGUAGAGGAAAUAACAUCAGACACUUAAAACAAGGAAAAUGCUGCAUGAACCUGACACAAUAGGUCAUCAAUUAUUAAUAAUAAAACUUCAGAAAUAUGGAAUAAGAGCAGUAGCUCUCACUUGGCUCGUUGCUUACUUAGAUCAUAGGAAUUCAAUAUGUUCAUAUGGACAGUUUUAUCGAAAAACACAAUUUACUCAUGGACAGUCAAUAUGGUUUUAGGACAAAUAGAUCAACGGCACUAGCAUUAAUGGACUUAACAGAAUAGAUCACAAGCGCUAUUGACAGUAAUAAGUAUGCUAUCGGGGUAUUCAUAGACUUAAAGAACGCUUUUGACACAGUUUGUGUUGUUUUGUAUCAAAAAUAUUAAAUCUGGUUGUUUUUGCGGAUGACACAAACAUACUCUGAACAGGUGAGGAUUUGCAGCAACUGUUGGAUGUGGUCAUGAAAGAACUAAGUAAACUUAAAUCAUGGUUUGACAAAAAUAAACUGUCACUGAAUUUGGUAAAAACUACAUUUAUGUUAUUUGGUAACCAUAAAAUAAACAUACAGGUGAAAAUGAUGAUUGAUGAUGUCACUAUUGAAAGAGUAUAUGACAACAAAUUCCUUGGAGUUAUACUUGACCACAAACUUUGCUGGAGAGCUCAUGUAAGAUACACUUGUUCUAAACUGGCGAGAACUGUUGGAGUUUUGGGUCGAGCUAAGCACAUUCUGAAUAAGAAUGCAUUAUUUAUUUUGUACUGUUCACUGGUGCUGCCAUAUUUAAUGUAUUGUGUUGAGGUGUGGGGGAACAGCUAUAAAAGCACCCUACAGACAAUAUGCAUAGUACAAAAACGUUAAAAUUUAUGGAUCUGGUACAAUUUAAAACUGUAUAAAU